AUGGUGUUAGGGGUGAGAGAGAUACGCUGUAGUGGACAGCCCGUCCUUGACAGUGAGAAUAGGGAGGAGCUGAUGCAGGUACAGCCUGGCAUAGACAUAGUCCUUGGCAACCUUCCUCCAGAAUCCCCUGGCACACUCUAUAUCACCACUAAGCAAGUAAUAUGGGUGAGUGAUGUAGACAAGACUGGAGGGUAUGCUGUUGAUUUUUUAUCUAUAUCUCUCCAUGCCGUCUCUAGAGAUCCUGAAGCCUACCCUGUUCCUUGUUUAUAUACCCAGAUUGAUACUGAAGUAGCAGAUGAUGACCACUCUGAUUCGGAAUCCAAUCAUAUCCAACAGGAUUUGUCCAAUGUCACAGAAAUGAGGCUUAUUCCCUCUGAUCCUAGUCAAUUGGAUACUCUCUUUGCAAUAUUCUGCCAGUGUGCAGAACUUAAUCCAGAACCAAAUGAUGAGGAAGGAGAAGAAAAUGACUGGGUUUUCAGUGCUGAUCAGAUGGUUGACGAAGAAGCAGAGGACGAAGGUUAUAUCUCUCACAAUCCAGCCAACUCGAUUGGUCACUCAAAUGGCAAUAAUGACCUAGCUCGGACCAUACUUGAGCUUCAAAUCAAUGAUCGAAGAUUUGAGGAUGCAGAAGAGAUGGAGGAUAAUGAAGAUGGCACUCGUCAUUAA